GUUUGUUUUUGCAGUGGGGGGAAUCAACUCUAGGUCCUCACUCUGCCUUUGAGCUCUACCUGGCCCAGAUGAAUCUUUGGAACAAAACUCUGAAGGAAAUGGCUAUAUGAAAGUUAUACGCUCUGGUGGUGAUUGGACUCUAGACCAUGUGUCUAGGUAGUUUUUCCUUCCUCCGAAGCUCUACUCCCCCAGCAGCGCUCACCACACCCUUGUUUUGAGAACCUCACUAAGCUCUUGUCAGCAUCCAGCCAUGGGGGAUAUGAAAACCCCAGAUUUUGAUGACCUUCUGGCUGCCUUUGACAUCCCAGAUCCCACAAGUCUUGAUGCUAAGGAGGCCAUCCAGACACCCAGUGAGGAGAAUGAGAGUCCCUUGAAGUCUUCAAGCAUGUGUAUGGAUGAGAGUGUGUCUUUGUCACACUCAGGAUCAGCCCCAGAUGUGCCGGCUGUGAGUGUCAUUGUCAAGAACACCAGCCGCCAAGAGUCAUUUGAAGCAGAGAAAGACCACAUUGCUCCUAGUCUCCUACACAAUGGAUUUCGGGGUUCAGACCUGCCUCCAGACUCCCACCACUGUGGGAAGUUUGAUUCUACUUUCAUAAAUGGAGACAGUGCUAGGAGUUUCACAAGCAAGCUAGAGCCUUCCAAGUCGGAGCCAUUACCCACCUUCAACCAGUUCAGCCCAAUCUCCAGCCCAGAACCCGAGGAUCCUGUCAAAGAUAAUGGGUUUGGGAUAAAGCCCAAGCACUCUGAUAAUUACUUCCCACCUCCUCCAGGGUGUGGGGCUGUGGGGGGCCCAGUCUUGGAAGCUCUGGGUAAGUUCCCAGUCCCAGAGCUACACAUGUUUGAUCACUUUUGUAAGAAAGAACCCAAACCAGAACCCUUACCUUUAGAGAGCCAGCAGGAGAAUGAGCGGGGUGGGCCAAAGGUGGUGGAGCCUCCCAAAGAUCUGGAUUCCAGUCGGUUCUUUGGGGAAGCUUUAGAAUUCAAUAGUCACUCUAACAACAGUAUUGGAGAACCCAAGAAGCUUGCUCCAGAGCUUAGUGCUUGCUCCUCUGUCCCCCCUAGGCAGCGUUUGAAGCCAGCCCAUUCCAAACUGUCCUCUUGUGUUGCAGCCUUGGUGGCCCUACAGGCCAAAAGGGUGGCCAGUGUCACCAAGGAGGAUCAGCCUGGUCACACAAAGGAUUCCUCAGGGCCCACUAAAGAGGGUUCUAAAAGCAGCCCCAAAAUGCCCAAGUCACCAAAGAGUCCCCGGAGCCCUCUGGAGGCCACUAGAAAAAGUAUCAAGCCAUCAGACAGCCCUCGGAGCAUCUGCAGUGACAGUAGCAGCAAAGGGUCCCCCUCUGUGGCUGCUAGCUCCCCACCAGCAAUUCCCAAAGUCAGAAUCAAAACAAUUAAGACAUCAUCAGGGGAAAUCAAACGGACUGUUACAAGGAUCCUGCCAGACCCUGAUGAUCCAAGUAAGUCCCCUGUUGAGUCACCGCUAGGGAGCACCAUUGCUGAGGCCCCAAGUGAGGUGCCAGGGGAUGAGGGUACAGCCCUGCCUGUGGAAGAGCACUUUUCUGAGGCAGGCAUAAAUUCAGGGAGCCCCCAGGGGGACAGAAAAGGGGAUGAGAGCUUGGUAAAGGCCAGUGACUCAUCAUCUCCCUGCCGCAUCUCUGGGCCCCGGGCCUCAAAAGGAGCUGCCCUGAACUCACAGGCGAGCAAGAAGCAACAGAGUACAGCACUUCAGGCAUCAACCCUGGCCCCUGCCAGUCUAUUGCCCAAAGCUGUGCACUUGGCCAACUUGAACCUGGUCCCCCACAGUGUUGCCGCAUCUGUGACUGCCAAGUCCUCAGCACAGAGACGGAGCCAGCCUCAGGUCACGCAAAUGACAGUGCCCCUGGUCCACCAGGUGAAAAAGGCCGCCCCUCUAAUUGUGGAGGUCUUCAACAAGGUCCUCCACAGCUCUAACCCUGUGCCCCUCUAUGCGCCAAAUCUCAGCCCACCUGCAGACAGCAGAAUCCAUGUGCCGGCCAGUGGGUACUGCUGCCUGGAGUGUGGAGACGCGUUUGCCUUAGAGAAGAGCCUGAGCCAGCAUUACAGCCGGCGGAGCGUCCACAUUGAGGUGCUGUGCACUCUGUGCUCCAAGACGCUGCUCUUCUUCAACAAGUGCAGCCUGCUGCGCCACGCCCGUGACCACAAGAGCAAGGGCCUAGUCAUGCAGUGCUCUCAGCUGCUUGUGAAGCCGAUCUCUGCGGACCAGAUGUUUGUAACGGCUCCUGUGAACUCCACGGCACCAGCAACCCCAGCCGCUUCUUCCUCCCCCAAACCCAGCCCCACUUCAGGCAAUGCCAGCCCUGUAAUUCCAGCCUUGCCACUUUACCCAGACCCAGUGAGGCUCAUCCGGUAUGGAACCAAAUGUCCUGAAUGUCACAAGCAGAUGCGAGACUAUAUGGUCCUGGCUGCACAUUUCCAGAGGACAACAGAGGAAACUGAGGGGCUGACUUGCCAGGUAUGCCAGAUGUUGCUGCCAAACCAAUGUAGUUUCUGUGCACACCAACGGAUUCAUGCACACAAGUCUCCCUACUGCUGCCCGGAGUGUGGUGUCCUCUGUCGCUCUGCCUACUUCCAGACACAUGUAAAGGAGAAUUGCCUGCACUAUGCUCGAAAAGUGGGCUACAGGUGCAUCCACUGUGGUGUCAUCCACCUGACUUUGGCCUUGCUGAAAAGCCACAUCCAGGAGCGACACUGCCAGGUUUUCCACAAAUGUGCAUUCUGCCCCAUGGCCUUCAAGACUGCCAGUAGUACGAUGGACCACAGUACCACCCAGCACCCCACCCAGCCCCACAAACCCUCCCAGCUAAUUUAUAAGUGCUCCUGUGAAAUGGUCUUCAAUAAGAAGAGGCACAUUCAACAGCAUUUUUACCAGAAUGUCAGCAAGACACAGGCAGGUGUCUUCAAGUGCCCUGAGUGCCCACUCCUAUUUCUGCAGAAGCCAGAAUUAAUGCAGCAUGUCAAGAAUACCCAUGGUGUUCCCCGGAAUGUGGAUGAGCUGUCCAGCCUUCAUUCUUCAGCAGACACGGCCUCUAGCCGCCCUGGUUCUCGAGCUCCCACUGAGCCCCCAGUCACAAGUGUAGCUGCUAGGGGCAGCUCCCUGACUGCUGGUCGUUGGGGCCGGCCGGAAGCCCACCGCAGGGCUGAAGCCAGGCCCCGCAUGAGGAGCACUGGUUGGACUUGCCAGGAGUGCCAGGAAUGGGUUCCUGAUCGAGAGAGCUAUGUGUCCCACAUGAAAAAAAGCCAUGGUCGGACACUGAAGCGGUACCCAUGCCGGCAGUGUGAACAGUCCUUCCACACCCCCAGCAGCUUGCGCAAACACAUACGCAACAACCAUGACACAGUAAAGAAGGUCUACACUUGUGGGUACUGCACCGAAGAUAGCCCCAGCUUUCCUCGGCCCUCCCUCCUGGAGAGCCAUAUCAGCCUUAUGCAUGGUAUCAGAAACCCUGAUUUGAGCCAGACGUCCAAAGUCAGACAACCAGGUGGACAUUCCCCUCAGGUGAACCAUCUGAAAAGACCAAUCAGCAGAAUGGCAGAUGCUCCGGGCACUAGCAAUGGUGCGACUGUUUCCUCUACCAAAAGGCACAAGUCCCUAUUUCAGUGUGCAAAAUGCAGCUUUGCCACAGACUCAGAGCCCGAGUUCCAGAGCCACAUACCUCAGCACCAGGUGGACAGCUCCACAGCCCAGUGUCUCCUCUGUGGCUUGUGCUACACAUCUGCCAGUUCCCUCAACCGCCACCUGUUCAUAGUCCACAAAGUGAGAGACCAGGAGGAGGAAGAGGAGGAGGAGAUUGUGGAAGUGAAGGUGGAAGCCACAGACCCAGAGGCAUGCUCUGGAGAGGAGGUGGCCAUGGAAACUAGAGAGAACGGACUGGAAGAAUGUGCCAGUGAGCCUUUGGUGGCUGAUCUAGAGCCAAGGAGAUCACUAGGCCUGUCCCUGGAGGAAAACAGUGCCCAGGGCCCCCAGAAUUCACCACAGGCCUCUCAGGACCAGAACAGCCAUGCACUAUCUCCUCAGGUGUGACCAGAGGCUUUGUAGCCAUCAGUCAGGCUGUGGCACCCUCCACCUGCUAUGCAGACUGUGAAAUAAAAAGCUCUGCCCCAGUGUGUGUGGCCACUGUGCUCUGGAGCAGUAUCUAUCCUGAGCUGCAAAUUCUGGGCAUCUCCCAGCCCCAGACAUUGUGGGUCACCCAGAAUCCCUUACAGCUCUGAAUUUGCUUCUGUUAUUUAUGGCUUUAUGCUGCUUCUUGGUACCCCCAUUCUCAUCCAUGUCCUUCCAGCCCCAGGCUACUUAGGUAGUGCAGCCCUAAUGCUGUCACUCAGCUUGCAGCCCCUCAGAGGCUAUGUUCUGGGCUCUCUACCUGCUGUGUACAGUGGGGACUCCUCAGAGCUCUAUUUCCCUGCAGAUACCAGCUCUCCUUCAUGCCUUCAGAGCCCAAGGAGGAGGAGAAUGAAGGAUGCUGGCUGUUCCACUGGAACUCUGCCCAGCCUGGCUUGGUGAGGUCCCUUGCUUACCUUUUCCUUCUGUCUUCUCUCAUUCUUUGCCCCAGAAACAUCAUGAGGACUUCACGUGUCACACUGGCUGAUCAUGUCUCUGUGGGUGGGAGAAAUGUCAGUACACUCCUGUUUGGAACUGAGGAAAUCAUGAAGUAUGGCCAAGGCAGGCAGGUGCCGAGAGCCAGACCCUCUUGGGAGCUGUGGGAGGGUCCUGCUGCUGCUGCUGUCCUGCAGUCCCUGACAGGUGGGGCGUGGGUUACACAGACAUUGGGAUGUUUGUAUUCUUGCUCCUGUGCCAUUAGAGAGGCUGCUGCCUCAGGCAGGCCAGCCUCUCCUACUCUCAGCUACAUUCUUGUUGCUCAGACUAUAUUUCAAUAAAAAAGAUCAUCUUCUUACCAUGCAGGUAGGCUCUUGUAUUCAUCCUCAGGUGAGCCAGCCCUUCCCUGCUCCACCCGAGGCUCUUCCCAGAGUGCCCUGGCUGCCCUAUCUGAAGGAAAGCAGGGCUCUGCUGCCCAUGGAGCUCUAGGUUCUGGAGCUUGUGCUUGGGAAAUCAGGAGGCCUGUACAUCUUGGUUCUCUUGAGACUUCUAAAGGAGGAGAGGGAGGGUGUCAGUACUGGUUAAGAGCCACCUCCAAGGACUCUGGCCUAUUGAUAUUCUCGAGGCAUCUUUUCAUUAAAGGGCUUUCAGUCCAGAGAUCCUUCGUGAGGGUAGAAAGGGAUUCUGUGACUUUGUUCAUUGUUCGGAGACCGUUGCCAUCGCCACAGCAAACCCAGAUGUGGUAGAGUUAGGGUUAAAUGACAGAUGGGGCCUGCCCAAGCACAAGGGACAGGUUGUGGGAAGGUGUCCUCCAGCCCAAAUGGCCUGGGGCUAGGAGCAGCAGGAUCCCUGUGCAGCACAGGGAAGGAAGAGGUGCUGGCUGAGUUCUUAGACUUAAUCUUUCAAGGGAGGCAUGAAUAUGUAUCAGGAAUCAAGUUGGAUAAAUAUGCAUGGCUUUUUCACAAUUGAAAACAUUUUCUUCUUGCUCUAUUAAAUGCCAAAUUUGUAGUGAAAGGCUAAUGGCAGUGGGAAAGUUUGCUUGCCUCAGAUCCAGAGAGGCUCUGCUGUUUGUAUCAUUUGAAUGAACGGACAUUCUUCCUGGGAGCCUCCUACCUCUCUGCUUCCCCAGCUGGCAGUGAGGGGAAGCCAGCCCUAUUGAGCAAGUCCCAAGCCAACCACUGUCCCUUCCCCAGUUCCAAUCACAUAACUCGUUUCUCUUCAGAUCCUAUCAAUCUUUCACCUUAUGCUAAUCCCCAUUGCAGGGAGUGUCUGUACCCCAGAUCAUUCAUGAGAACAGGUUCUUAAGGAGGUGAAUAGAGGGCUUUGAGCUGUGUAGCUGCAUUUCUUCCCACUCAGAAACCAUGGGACAGAAGAUGGAGAAACUAAGGGUGGAGCACCUGUCCUCAUGCCAGAUCCAGCCUCUUGUAGUGGGAGCAUAGAAACUGCUCUGGAAAGCCUGAACCAUGCAUGGCCUGAGUUCUUCCUGCCCUUAACCAGCUCCUAACAGGUCUCCUCACAGACUCCUCCCCCUCAGAGUAGAACUAGGAACCCCCAUCUGGCUCCUUGCAGGCUCUCAUGAGGUCAUGAGUGUGCAAACACUUUCCAGUUCCCAUAAUACCAUGUGGAUAUGGGGAUUCUGUGCUGCUGGACCUGGAGCGUAGCUCAUCCGCUGCUCACGUUUGGAUGCGGGGUAUCAGUUAAGAAUUGGCCUGCAUGCCUAUCCAUUAUUCAAUGAUGAUGAAGAUAACAUUUCCAGCCCUGCUCAUGGCCAGCAUCUUGUUAACUCUUAACAGAGACGUUCAUUUAAUCCUCACAAGGAUCUCAGUUAUCCUUCUAUUUUACAGAGAAGAAAACAGCCUUAGGUUGAAUGACAGAUUGUUGGGCCACCUGUGAUGAUGGUGCUGAGUCAAGCCUGUCAACCACUGUGCUACCUUAGUGACUGGGCUGCUCUGACUGCUGCCACCCUGUCAGCAGCAUGGAGCCAUCCAAAGCCCACCCUUCUACUUUCCAAAAAAGGCAGGGUGCCCCAUAGUGUCAGAUCCUUCGUGGAGUCCACCAGUGCCUUGUCACCCCAAGGAGGGCCCUGCAUUUGCACGUGUGGUGUCCCUGCAAUGUUUUUUUCUCACUGGGGUUUACUUUGCUAUCUGAAGACCCAUCUCUGGAACAUUGUAGAAGAGGUUACCUAAUUCUCCUGGGGAACACACAGUCUUUCAGAGUCAGUAUCUCCUGGUUGCUUGUGUUGUCUUUUCAAUGCACUAUUGUUUGUCAUCCGAGGAUGCUUGCUGUAACAGGUGUUUCACUGCUGCUGCGGAUGCUCUCCUCACCAAGUUUAGAUAAGAUUCUCUACUCUGUAGAAACUACCAUCUCAAUACACUGAGGCUUGACAAAUGACUAGUAUUUAUACUUUAACCGCUCUGUCUUUGUAAAAUGAUACGCUGGAUUACCAUGGACUAAUUGUUGUAAAAAAUUUGCCUCUUAUGUAAACAGUCUGGGUUUUAAAAACUUAAUGGUUGUGUUGUGUCCCCCCUUCCCCCGAAUUCCACAUUUUGCCUUGCCCCAGACUGAGGAACUUCUGUCCUGUUUGUCGUUGUACAUUCAGCACCAGGUAAUUAAAAUUUUUUUGGGGGGGUUGGAAGAAAUAGGUACAUACACAUUUGACAACAAACAAAGCAUUAACAAUACAAAUGAAUAUACAAUAAAAAGUAAACUUCCUGAUGGAGGCGAGCCUCCAGUGCCCUCACCAGAGUUCCUCAUUGUUAUCUCUUAUCUUGUGUAUCCUUUCAGAGCAAUUCUAUGCAUUUAUGAGUUAUAAAUAUGUAUAUUUAUAUAUCUAUUUUUAAUACAAACAGUAGCAUUCUAUA